CCCGAGGAUCGUGACGCUAGCUUUGUAGCUCUUGCGGCCUUCUAACCGUGCCUCACGGGCCUGGGAAACGGCCUUCCCCCUGCCCGCCCCCGCCCUCUCCGCUCGGGCGCACACCUCCCUCCCUGACGCAUUUUGCCGCACAAGCUGUAAUAUGGCGGCAGCGAUGGUGGCCUGAACUCUAGGGAGCCGGGGUGAUUUUGAUGCUUCAAAAUCGCGCAAAAAGAUUGGAUCAGCUUGUCCUUGAUUUUUCUCUAUUUAAAGAUUGAAGUACUGAAGCCAUGGGAAUAAAGGUUCAGCGUCCUCGAUGUUUUUUUGACAUCGCCAUUAAUAAUCAACCUGCUGGAAGAGUUGUCUUUGAAUUAUUUUCUGAUGUGUGCCCCAAAACAUGCGAGAACUUUCGUUGUCUUUGUACAGGUGAAAAGGGGACAGGGAAAUCAACUCAGAAGCCAUUACAUUAUAAAAGUUGUCUCUUUCACAGAGUUGUCAAAGAUUUUAUGGUUCAAGGUGGUGACUUCAGUGAAGGAAAUGGACGAGGAGGGGAAUCCAUUUAUGGAGGAUUUUUUGAAGAUGAGAGUUUUGCUGUUAAACACAACAAAGAAUUUCUCUUGUCAAUGGCCAACAGAGGGAAGGAUACAAAUGGCUCACAGUUCUUCAUAACAACAAAACCAACUCCUCAUUUAGAUGGGCAUCAUGUUGUUUUUGGGCAAGUGAUUUCUGGUCAAGAAGUUGUGAGAGAGAUAGAAAACCAGAAAACAGAUGCAGCUAGCAAACCAUUUGCUGAGGUGCGGAUACUCAGUUGUGGAGAGCUAAUUCCCAAAUCUAAAGCUAGGAAAGAAGAAAAGAAAAGGCAUAAAUCCUCCUCCUCCUCCUCCUCAUCAUCCAGUGACUCAGAUAGUUCAAGCGAUUCUCAGUCCUCUUCUGAUUCUUCUGAUUCUGAAAGUGCUUCUGAAGAGAAAUCAAAAAAAAGAAAGAAGAAACAUAGGAAAAAUUCUCGUAAACACAAGAAAGAAAAGAAGAAGCGAAAGAAAAGCAAGAAAAGCGCAUCUAGUGAAAGUGAGGCUGAAAAUCUUGAAGCACAACCCCAGUCUACUGUUCGUCCAGAAGAAAUCCCUCCAAUACCUGAAAAUAGAUUCCUAAUGAGAAAAAGUCCUCCUAAAGCUGAUGAAAAAGAAAGGAAGAACAGGGAGAGAGAGAGAGAGUGUAAUCUACUUAACUCCCAGCCUGCUUCAUACCAGAGGCGACUUUUAGUUACUAGGUCUGGCAGGAAAAUUAAAGGAAGAGGACCAAGGCGUUAUCGAACUCCUUCUAGAUCCAGAUCCAGGGAUCGUUUCAGACGUAGUGAGACUCCUCCACAUUGGAGGCAGGAGAUGCAGAGAGCUCAAAGAAUGAGGGUAUCAAGUGGUGAAAGAUGGAUCAAAGGGGAUAAGAGUGAGUUAAAUGAAAUAAAAGAAAAUCAAAGAAGCCCAGUUAGAGUAAAAGAGAAAAAAAUAACUGAUCAUAGGCAUGUUUCUGAGAGUCCAAACAGAAAAAGUGAAAAGGAAAAGAAAGUUAAAGAUCAUAAAUCUAACAGCAAAGAGAGAGACAUCAGAAGAAAUUCAGAAAAAGAUGAUAAAUAUAAAAACAAGGUAAAGAAAAGGGCCAAAUCGAAAAGUAGGAGUAAGAGCAAAGAGAAAUCCAAGAGUAAGGAAAGAGAUACAAAGCAUAAUAGACAUGAAGAAAAGAGGAUGAGGUCAAGGAGUAAAGAAAGGGAUCAUGAGAAUGUUAAAGAAAAAGAAAAGUCUGAUUCUAAAGGAAAAGAUCAGGAAAGGAGUAGAAGUAAAGAGAAGUCUAAACAGUUAGAAUCCAAAAGCAAUGAGCAUGAUCAUAAUAAAAGUAAGGACAAGGACAGACGUGCACAGUCUAGGAGUAGAGAACGCGAUGUAACUAAAGGCAAACACAGUUACAAUAGUAGAACAAGGGAACGAAGCAGAAGUAGGGACAGGAGCAGAAGAGUGCGGUCUAGAAGCCAUGACCGAGAUCGCAGCAGAAGCAAGGAGUAUCACAGAUACAGAGAACAGGAGUACAGGAGAAGAGGAAGGUCACGGAGCCGAGACAGAAGAGCAACGCCAGGAAGAUCAAGAAGUAAAGACAGGAGGAGAAGGAGGAGAGAUUCACGGAGCUCAGAGAGAGAAGAAAGUCAAAGCAGAAACAAAGAAAAAUACAGAAACCAAGAAAGUAAAAGUUCACACAGAAAAGAGAAUUCUGAGGGUGAGAAGAGAAUGUACUCUAAAAAUCGUGAUCAUAGUAGCUCAAAUAGUAACAGGGAAAAAAAGGCUGAUAGAGAUCAAAGUCCAUUCUCAAAAAUGAAACAAAGUAGUCAGGACAAUGAAUUAAAGUUCUCAACUUUGAAAAAUAAGGAGGAUGAGAAGACCAGAUCCUCAGUGGAAAAAGAAAACCAAAAAUCAAAGGGUCAAGAAAAUGACCACACACAUGAUAAAAAUAAAAAAUUUGAUCAUGAAUCAAGCCCUGGAACAGAUGAAGACAAAAGUGGAUGAAUGAGGUAUAUAAACUUAUUUCCAUUCUGUCUCAAAUUUUAAGUUUUAGAGACUUGCUGAUGAAUCCCCUUUAUGUUGUUUUCAUUGUUUUGGGUUUAUGUUUGUCCUUUUUUUUUUUUUUCCAAUGUGGACUUUAUUGAGUCGAUCUUUUGAUAAUCUGCAACCUGGAUAAUUUGUACUGCAAAAGUUUUAAUAAACUUGAAAUGAGAAAAACACUUUGGUGUAA